AUGUCGCUCCCCAAACGGAUCAAUGCGAAGGUCAUCGUCGCUGGCCCAGCAGCGACGGGCAAGACGUGCCUCAUUGAAAGAUUUGUGAACAACGUCUUUGCCGCCGAUGACGCGACGCACGGGCCGACCUUAGGUUGCGAUUGCCUUCAGAAGUCGGUUUUCAUCGAGGACACGGAGGUGCAUCUUUUCCUGUAUGACACAGCCGGCCAAGAGCGAUUUGCAGACAUGGCGGCGAGCUACUACCGUGUAGCGGAGGUUUGCCUUCUCUGCUUUGACAUGUCCGACGUGUCAACCUUCGAUCGGACGCAGUUUUGGAUGAAGAGGGUCACCGAUCACAAUCCGAAGUGCCUUUUCAUUCUAGUUGGCACCAAAGAGGACCUCCUGACGCAGGAGCAGUCGGGAUCCAUGGAGCCCAUCUCCCAUUGGGCGGAGGAGGCCGGCAUUCCGUUCUUCCCGACCAGCGCCCUGAAAGGUGGGGAGCACAUCAGGUUCCUGUUCCACACGGUCGCCGAGAAGUGCAUUCGGUUAAAGCUGAAGUACGAGAGCCAGACGAAGGAGGGAACCAAUGGGAUCAAGCUCGCGAGCUCCAUCGGCCAGCCGAAGGCCGGCUGCUGCACCUGA